AUGAUCCAGCAACACCUGAGACAGCUCCUGCCAGAGAGGGAGGUGGAUCCUUCUGCUGCCUUUGCCCUGCUCUGUGGCUCCGCAGCAGCCGUGGCGGUCUGGAAAUGGCUGGGCAAAAGGCAGAUCCAGAAGAGAAUGGAAGAAGCUCGGAGGACCCGGGAUGAGGGUGUGAAGAAAAUGGCCAAGGCUGUCCAGCAGUUCAGGGAGCAGGUCCCCAGUGUCCAGACAGAUGCCAUCCUGUCCCUGCCCCUGCUGGAGCUCACUGGGAGACUGCGGGAAGGGUCUCUGUCCCCCAAGACUGUCCUCUACACCUUCAUAGAGAAGGCCCUGGAAGUGACCCAGCAGACAAACUGCUUGCAACAUUUCAUCCCAGAGUGUGAGGAGCACCUCCAGGAAAUACAACAGCAGAGGGAGAAAGGACUGCUCUAUGGCAUCCCCGUCAGCAUCAAGGACCACAUUGGCCACAAGGGGCAUCUGUCGACCUGUGGGCUUGUGCAGUGCCUGGGCACUGUGGUGCAGGAGGACAGCAUCCUAGUGAAGGUUUUGAAGAGCCAGGGGGCCAUCCCCUUUGCAAUGACCAACGUGCCACAAUCCCUCUUCAACUAUGACUGCAGCAAUCCCAUCUUCGGCCAGACCCUGAAUCCCUUCAACCACCACAAGAGCCCCGGGGGCUCCUCGGGAGGAGAGGGAGCUCUGAUCGCAGGGGGAGGCUCCAUCCUGGGCAUCGGCUCAGACAUCGGCGGCAGCAUCCGCCUGCCUUCCAGCUUCUGCGGGCUGUGUGGGCUCAAACCCACGGCCGAAAGGCUCAGCCUGUCUGGAGCGAGUGGCCCAUUCAGUGGGAUCCUGGCAGUUCCCUGUGCUCUGGGGCCGAUGGCGAGGGAUGUGGACAGCCUGGCCCUCUGCAUGAAGGCGCUGCUCUGUGAGGAGUUGUUCCGGCUGGACCCCACCGUGCCCCCCAUCCCUUUCAAUGAGGAUGUGUACUCCAGCUCCGCUCCUCUGCGGGUCGGGUACUACGACACAGACAACUACUUCCCGCUGCCCCCCUGCAUGCGGCGGGCAGUGCAGGACACCAGGAGGGCUCUGCAGGCAGCUGGGCACCAGCUGGUGCCCUUUUCUCCACCUCGGAUCCCCUAUGUCAUGAAUGAACUCUUUCUGAAGACCUUUUUUGCUGAUGGAGGCCGUGCUUGGUUGGACUUGUUCACAGGAGAUAUCGUAGAUCCAAGCUUGAAAUCCCAGGUGAAUUGCUGCAGGAUCCCAACGCUGGGGAAGAAGCUGCUGGCUCUGAUUCUUAAACCUCUGUUCCCCCGCCUGGCUGACUAUCUGAAUGCCUUGUGUGGAAUGAGCUCCAUGAAGGAGAUGUGGAAUCAUCAACAUCAAAUAGAGGUGUAUCGCACUGAGUUCAUCACGCUGUGGAGGGAACUGGCACUGGAUGUUGUGCUGUGCCCUGUCCUGGGGCCUGCCUUCACCACAGGAUACCCUGGGAAACUCCUCACUGCCAUCUCCUCCACGAUGCUGUACAAUGUCUUGAACUUCCCUGCUGGGGUUGUACCCGUCAGCACAGUGACAGAAGCUGAUGAGGAAGAGCUAAAGCUUUACCAAGGAUACUGUGGUGACCCCUGGGACCGGAUGCUGAAACAGGUAGCAGCAUGGGAAGUGGUGGAGCAGAGACUGCUGGUGGAUGUUCAAUAG